GAGGCGGCCGAGGGAGCGAGCGAGCGAGCGCGGCGGGGGGAGCGCGCGGCCGCGUCCCGGUCCGGCCCCGACGGCGCCCCCGCCCCCGCCCCCAUGAGCCGCGGCGGCCGCUCAGGUGCCGCAUGGCCCCGGCGCUGGAUAUGACUUCUGUGCCGAGCGGAGUCCCAGCCGAGGAGGCGCCCGCGCCGGCCUUCAGCAAGCUCGGCCCGGCGGCGGGCGCCAUGGGCGGCGAGGAGGACGGCGUCGGCGACAAGCCCAAGGGGGCUCCGGCGCUGCUGCCCUUCAGCGUGGAGGCGCUCAUGGCCGACCACAGGAAGCCCGGCGGCGGGUGCCGGGAGCGCGACGGCGCGGCCUGCGGGCCCGACCUGGGAGGCCCCUCGGCCCAGCAGACAGCCCUCAGCCCCCGGCUCGGGGGCUCCGCCGCCGCCGCGGCGCCAGAGAGGCCGGCCUCCCCGCUGGCCCUGGCCAGCCAUUUUGCCGUCGGAGGAUUAGUGAAGCUGCCCGAAGAGGCGCUUGUCAAAGCCGAAAGCCCGGAGAAGCCCGAGCGGACGCCCUGGAUGCAAAGCCCGCGUUUCUCCCCGCCACCCCCAAGACGCGCCAGCCCGCCGGCCUGCACGCUGCGCAAGCACAAGACGAACCGCAAGCCCCGGACGCCCUUCACCACGGCGCAGCUGCUGGCGCUGGAGAGGAAGUUCCGGCAGAAGCAGUACCUGUCCAUCGCCGAGCGGGCCGAGUUCUCCAGCUCGCUGAGCCUGACCGAGACGCAGGUCAAGAUCUGGUUCCAGAACCGGCGCGCCAAGGCCAAGCGCCUGCAGGAGGCCGAGCUGGAGAAGCUCAAGAUGGCCGCCAAGCCGCUGCUGCCGCCCGCCGCCGCCGCCUUCGGCCUCUCCUUCCCACUGGCCGCGCCCGCCGUGGCCGGCGCCUCCCUGUACGCCUCGUCGGGGCCCUUCCCGCGCGCCGCCCUGCCCGUGGCCCCCGUCGGACUCUACGCCGCCCACGUGGGCUACAGCAUGUACCACCUCUCCUAGAGAGAGCCCCCGCGGGACCCUCGACGGCCAGAGCGAGGCGCUGCCCGGGGCGCCCGGACUGCAGG